AAAUGACUUCAUAAUCAAGUCAUUAUAAUACUUUAGGUUAGCUAAGGAACAGCAAGAAACUAGAAAAUUAUAUUUUUUAAGAUUUUAAAGUUUAUUUCUAAAGAAUACAACAAAAACAUCAUUUUUUAAAAUUCAACAAAAAUAAAAUCUUUAAAAAAUGAAAGUUCACAUUUUAAUAAUUUUUUGUGCCUUAUUUAUCCUAAAAAGUGAAACAUCAGCUGACAAUGUCACUUGCCAGUAUGAAGACAUUGACAUUUCUAUAUUCUCAAUGAAGUUUUCGGCUUAUUCAUGUGAACUUUCGCUAGAUUUUGAGAAUUAUGAAAAUAUAACUCAAGUUAUCGGUGAACAUGACGAAGCUGAAAAGACCGACGGCGUUUUAAAAAUUCUUCAAAUGUUUUGUCCGUCAAAAAUUCAAGCAUUAAGUUCAGUUUUUUGUGAUAAAUUUAACAAUCUCGAAGCUUUAAUACUGGAAAAUGUUGAAAUAAAAGAAAUUCAACAAAAUUCUCUACAAAAAUGCCAAAAUUUAAAGCUUUUGCAUCUUAAUGGCAACGAAGUUGGUCAAAUUCCUGAAAAUUUCCUCCUCGAGAAUACAAAUCUAGUUGAAAUUGUGAUUAGUUCCAAUAAAAUAGAGUCAUUAGAAGCUGAUACAUUUAAGACACAGAAGAAUCUCCAAAAGUUGUUCCUUCACAACAAUAAAAUUGAGUCACUGCCAGGUCGAAUUUUCAGGAACCUGAAAAAUCUUAAAAAAUUAAAUUUGGACGAUAAUCAAAUUGAAGUUCUAGAUGCUGAAUGGUUCGACUGUUUGGACAAUUUGGUCUCAUUGUCCAUCAAUUCCAACAAAGUUGCUCACCUACCUCAAAAUAUUUUUGCAAACCUAAACAACCUCCAAAUGCUGCACAUGGACGACAAUUUAUUGACAAUCCUCAACUCAAACUCAUUCGGAAGUCGCGAUAAAUUGACACAAAUCUGUGUAAAUUCGAAUAAUAUCAGCGCAAUGGACCCAGAAAUUGUGGAAAAUUCAAAACUUACGAAACUUCGAAUGGAAAAUAAUUUUUGUUUUGAUGAAAUUAUUGAAAGCAGGCAUCAAAUGGCCGAGAAACUAAAAUUGUGCUUUGAUAAUUUUGACUCUACGCUUUAUGUCCAAGAUGAGUCAAACUUAGACAGAAAUGCGACUGCUGAUGUUGGUGACAUUCUGACAGCCUUUGCAUCUUUUAGCUCUCAAUCUAAUUUUACCCAAGAAAGAGAAGAUGAGGAACCGACAUCUGUAGAACCGGACACAGCCAUAGUUGAGGAUUUAACGACAACAAGUACAGAAGCAUCAUCAACAACAUCGACAAUCAUAAAAGAGAUAACAACAGUAGCUAAAAGAAUAGCUCAAGAGCCGUUGAACUGUGGAAAAGCUAUAAUUAACGAUGACGACAGUUUAGAACAAGAAUCUUAUCCAUGGAGUGCAGUUGUAAUGAAAAAUGGUCUUGGUCCUUGUAGUGGGGUGUUGAUUUCAGAGAAGAAAGUAGUAACAGCUGCAAAAUGCCUUUACAAAUUUGAUGAGAAGACCGAAGAGCUAAUUGCAUUCACAAAAUUUGAAAUUGUAAUUCUCUUAGGCAUUGACAAUAAAAACAGUCAAGGCAAGAAAGUUACAUACAUUUUGGACCUCUUUAUUCAUCCUGAUUACAACAUUAAUGCUUAUGAAAUGGACGCAGACAUUGCUGUGAUGAUUUUAAGAGAAAAUGUCAAAUUUAAUCAAUUUAUUCAGCCAAUUUGUUUGACAGAUUUAAGUGUUGUCACUUCCGAGGGAGUUGUUGUAAGUUAUGGUCAACUAGAACCAGUUCCAAAGUCAACAAAUCCGAUACAAAAAGAAAUUGUUUGUAAAAUUUUUGAAAAUCCAGUCUGUCCAAGUAAGAACGAUGCAUUUAGUUCGAUUUCGAGCAACCGAACCUUUUGCGGUGGUGAAAGUAAAGGAACUGGAUUGUGUUUUGAGGAUAUUGGAAGUGGAUUGUAUGUUAAGAAUGCUGAUCAUUUUUAUCUUCGAGGAAUCGUCUCUGCUGUUGUUGCUGCUAAAGAAGGCGUUUGCGAUGAGGACACUUACGCAUUAUUUACAGAUGUGUCUGAAUUCAUCAAAUUCAUUGACGAUCCUGACAACUUUGAGUCUCUAAAGCUUGUAUAGGAGUCGAUUAAACUGCAAGAUCAAUUUGUAAGAGUCAUUUGAGAAAAUUAAAUAAAAUGUUUUUUUUGCGCUACUUUAGAAUUUGUAUUAUAAUAAAUUAU